AUGUCCACAAUCAAGACCUUUCACAACGAUCAUUCCACCGACGCUGUCGAUGAAUUCGACAAAGACGUCAAGACCAUGAUACACGACCCAGAGUCGCCUGUUCAACCAGAAGAUGAAUAUGUCGGAGACUUCGAAGAGAUUUCGGCCUUGAAGCAAGGCCUUCAUCAGAGACACAUCCAAAUGAUUGCUUUGGCCGGUACCAUUGGAACAGGUCUCUUCCUCAGUUCUGGUCGAGCAAUCUCACGUUCUGGUCCCCUGGGUGCCUUUCUAGGAUACUUGGUCAUGGGCUGUGCUGCUGGAACUGUAACCCUUGCGACGGGCGAGAUGGGCACACUUGUUCCUUUGAACGGUGGAAUAGUCCGCUACGCCGAAUACUUUGUUGACCCGGCAUUAUCGUUUGCCAACGGCUACAACGUGGUAUAUUCCUACCUUGUGUCUAUCCCUGCAGAGAUUGUGGCCGCUGCUGUGCUCGUGCAGUUCUGGUCUGACCUCAAUAGCGCGAUUUGGAUCAGUAUCUUUGGAGUGGUCAUGCUGUGUACCUCUAUGGCCUUUGUGAGAGUAUACGGGGAGCUCGAGUUCGGUUUCUCCUUGAUGAAGAUCUUGCUGAUCAUUGGAGUCAAUCUAAUGGCUCUUGUUAUUACCUGUGGUGGCGGUCCUGACCAUAAAACCAUCGGGUUUGAAUACUGGCGCCACCCUGGGCCUUUCGUUCAGUACCUUGGCAUCGGUGGCUCUCUUGGUCGCUUUCUCGGUGUUUGGACAUCUAUGAAUAGUGCUCUUUAUGCCUAUUCGGGGAUUGAAACAAUUACCGUUGCCGCUGGAGAGACAAAAUCGCCGAGGCAUGCUAUCCCGCAGGCGGCUAAGCGGAUUUUCUUUCGUAUAUUGAUUUUCUAUGUCAUCUCAAUCUUCAUGGUCGGCCUUGUGGUCCCCUCCAAUGAACCUAGACUCAGCAGUUCUAGUGGCACAGCUUCCGAGUCUCCCUUUGUGAUCGCAGCUACCCUAGCCGGAAUCAAGGUGGUGCCAUCAAUCAUCAACGCUGUCAUCAUCACGUCGGCGUGGUCUUCAGGCAACUCGAACAUGCUCGGAGGGUCGAGAGUAUUGUACGGGCUGGCGGUAAACGGUAAAGCCCCCAAGUUCUUCACUCGACUUAACAGAUUCUCGGUUCCCUGGGUCGCAAUUUCGCUCUACGGUCUGUUCAUGUGCCUGGCAUACAUGUCGCUCUCCUCAACUGCCAACACCGUGUUUGAUUGGCUGCAAGACCUUGUCUCCAUCACAACUCUGACCAACUGGCUCACUAUCCUGGUCACGUAUCUUCGCUUUUAUUACGGCUGCAAGAAACAAGGAAUCUCUCGCAAGUCUCUACCGUGGGCGACGCCGCUCCAGCCAUAUAUCAGUUGGGCCUCGUUGAUCAUGCUCAGUCUCCUGCUCAUCACCGGCGGGUACUCGACUUUUAUCAAAGGGCAAUGGAGCGACGAAGGAUUCGUCUCCUCUUAUAUCAAUAUUCCUCUCUUCUUCAUCUUUUAUUUUGCGUACAAGUUGAUUCACAAGACAAAGAUCAUCCCCCUGGAAGAUAUACCCAUUCAACCGUUUAUUGAUAUUGCCAAUCGCAACCCAGAGCCGCUGCCACAACCAAAGAAAGGCCUUCGCAAGCUGAACAUUUUAUGGGACUGA